AUGCUUAUACCAUUAUUGAAAAAAAUGUAACUAGAUUUUGAAAUGAAUUCAUAAGUCAAAUCAAAAGAAAUCAACUAUUUAUUAUUAGGAGCAUCAAUAGAAAAAUAUGGAUAAAAACAGAUUAAGAGUAUCGUCGGAAUCUAUCGAAAUUUAAUCAAUUAUCCAUCCAAAAUUUCACAGACCAAACCUGCUUAGGAAUAUGACAGUUUGAAAGAAAUGGUAUUAGUUUAUCAUUAAGGCGUGAUAUAUAUUAAUUUUUUGAAAUAAAUACGUGGAUAUUUUUAUUUCUACUUGGAUUCUGUUUAAUUUAAAAUAAAUUUAUUAAUUAAAAUUACAGGGAGAUUAUGGAAUAAUUGGAAAAAAAGUGUGAAAUGAAACCCAGGUUUCGAAAAUCGACAAAUAAUAGAUAGAGGGGAGAAUUAUUAAGCAAGCGGGGUUAAACUGGACAUUGGAUGGAGCAGUAUGAACAUUAUGCUAAGUAUUUAUUAUUCAAUAAUAGAGAAUUUCGAUAGCUUAUUUUUGGGAAAGAUAAGGAUGGAUUAAAAUAAGGCAAAUGGAAAGCUUAUUACAACAAUACUAUUUUGUAAUAGCAUACCAUUUGA